AGCAGGGCGGCGGAUCACUUACACAGCGCUAAAGCUUUCAACUUUGAAAAUUGAUUUAAAGAAACCUUUGGAUUAACAGAGACGAUUCAGGUGUUUCUUCAUGUGGGUGAGAUUCUUACAGGAGUAACGGCAAAAGGCGGCAAGGUCACUGCAGCAGCUUUGGACCGCCAAUCAUCCUGAUCAACUUAUAAAAUGUGUCAUCUCUUCCGGAACAGUUCGGGGAACUCUCGUCAAAGACGUCCUUCUAUGACCUCCAUCACUUUGGAAUAUUGGAUUGGAUUGUAGUUUUCGCUUUGGGGACGGUUGACUGAUUGUUGUGGGUGUUUGACAGCUCUGGAUAGCAGGCACUCAGUACCAGUCUACUUCCUUCCUCCCACUUUUUAACUUGAACUUGAGAAACCUGAGCGAGGUCAUCAGCCAUGGAGGCUGUGGCCGCUAGAGUGGCCAUGGUGACCAACUCCCCCAACUUGUCCCUGAGGUCCAGGACCACCGUGGCGACGGAUGGCGAAUCUUUUGUGAGCACCGCCAGCCUCCCCUGUGGUCACUUCCUGUCCACCAACGCCAUCAACGUCGUGGAGAAAUGUAUGAGCUCCAUGCAGAUGGGAACCCAGAUGGUGAAGCUCCGCGGUGGCUCCAAGGGACUGGUGCGCUUCUUCUUCCUGGACGAACACAAGUCGUGCAUCCGCUGGAGGCCGUCGCGCAAGAACGAGAAGGCCAAGAUCUCCGUGGAUGCUGUGCGGGAGGUGCGUGAGGGGAAGCAGUCCGAGAUCUUCCAGCGCUACGCAGAUGGCUGCUUCGACCCCAACUGUUGCUUCAGCCUGUACUACGGAGAGCACAUGGAGUCCCUGGACCUGGUGUCCAGCACCGGAGAGGAGGCGCGCACCUGGAUCACGGGCCUCAAGUAUCUGAUGGCAGGCAUCAGUGACGAGGACAGCCUGGCCAAGAGGCAGCGCACCAGAGACCAAUGGCUGAAGCAGACCUUCACCGAGGCCGAUAAGAACGGAGACGGCAGCUUGAGCAUCGGCGAGGUGCUGCAACUCCUGCACAAGCUCAACGUCAACCUGCCCCGACAGAAGGUCAAACAGAUGUUCAAGGAGGCCGACACAGAUGACAACCAGGGCACGUUGGGCUUUGAGGAGUUCUGUGCCUUCUACAAGAUGAUGUCAACGCGCAGAGAUCUGUACCUCCUCAUGCUCACCUACAGCAACCACAAAGACCACCUGGACACGGACGACCUGGCCUGCUUCCUGCACACUGAGCAAAAGAUGACCAAGGUGACCAAGGAGCAUUGCCUGGAGAUCAUUGAUAAAUUUGAGCCCUGCUCUGAGAACCAGAGGGAAGGAGUUCUGGGAAUUGACGGGAUUACCAACUACAUGCGCAGCCCAGCGGGGGAUAUCUUCAACCCGGAGCACUACAAUGUGAACCAGGACAUGACCCAUCCGCUGUGCGACUACUUCAUCGCCUCCUCACACAACACCUACCUGAUGGGGGACCAGCUUAUGUCCCAGUCCAGGGUGGACAUGUAUGCCUGGGUGCUGCAGGCCGGCUGCCGCUGCGUGGAAGUGGACUGUUGGGACGGUCAGGAUGGUGAGCCCAUUGUCCACCACGGAUACACCCUCACCUCAAAGAUCCUCUUCAAUGACGUCAUCGAGACCAUCAACAAGUACGCCUUCGUCAAGAACGACUACCCUGUCAUCCUGUCCAUCGAGAACCACUGCAGUGUUCCCCAGCAGAAGAAGAUGGCCCGGUACCUGACCGAGAUCCUGGGAGACAAGCUGGACCUGUCCAACAUCAAAGCUGACGAGUCCGGGCGGCUGCCAUCGCCGGCCACACUCAAGGGCAAGAUUCUCGUCAAGGGGAAGAAACUGCCUGACAACAUUGAUGAGAACGCAGAGGAGGGAGACGUUUCGGACGAGGACAGUGCUGAUGAGAUGGAGGACGACUGCAAGCUGAUGAAUGGAGAUACAUCAGCUAACAGGAAGCAAGUGGAGAACAUGGCUAAGAAGAAGCUGGACAACUUGAUGAAGGAGUCAAAGAUCCGGGACCGAGAGGACCCGGACAGCUUCACCAUCGCAGCCCUGCCUCCUGCUGGGAAGCCCACGGACAAGAGUAAAAGUGAUGAUGGGACGGACACGGCAGACGAGGCCAAUCCCAGCAGCAACAAGCGCACCGGGCGCUCCUUCAUGGGGAGCUUCUCCAAACGCAAGAAGAAGACGAGCAAGCUGAAGAAGACGUUGAGCUUUGAAGACACAGACACGGACCAGGAGAGUACAAGUAGCGCCUCCCGGGCCCCAUUGCACCACAGCAAGAAGAAGAAGACCAUGAAGUUAUCCAGAGCGCUGUCUGAUCUUGUCAAGUACACAUGUUCUGUGGGUCUCUAUGACAUUGAAGCACAAGCCAGCUGCAGCUGGCAGGUGUCGUCGCUCAGCGAGACCAAAGCCCACCAGGUGAUGCAGCAGAAGGCGGCAACCUUCAUCCAGUUCAACCAGCGGCAGCUCUCCCGCAUUUACCCGUCCUCCUACCGCGUGGACUCGUCCAACUUUAACCCCCAGCCCUUCUGGAGCGCCGGCUGCCAGCUCGUCGCACUCAACUACCAGUCAGAGGGCCGGGUCCUCCAGCUCAACCGGGCCAAGUUCUACAGCAACGGCAACUGUGGCUACGUCCUUAAACCGGCCUCCAUGUGUGAUGGUGCCUUCAACCCCAACCUGGAGGACCCUCUGCCAGGCCAGAUGAAGAAGCAACUGGUGCUGAAGAUUAUCAGUGGACAGCAGCUGCCCAAACCCAAAGACUCUAUGCUGGGAGAUAGAGGAGAAAUCAUUGAUCCCUUCGUGGAAGUGGAGGUCAUCGGCCUCCCAGUGGACUGCUGCAAGGAGCAGACCAGAGUGGUGGAUGAUAAUGGGUUCAACCCGAUGUGGGAGGAGACUCUGGUGUUCACAGUCCACAUGCCUGAGAUCGCCCUGGUGCGCUUCCUCGUGUGGGACCAUGACCCCAUCGGCCAAGACUUCAUCGGCCAGCGCACCAUCGCCUUCAACAGCAUGAUUCCAGGUUAUCGCCAUGUGUACUUGGAAGGUAUGGAGGAGGCGUCCAUCUUUGUUCACAUUGCUGUGAAUGACAUCACUGGUAAGGCCAGAGCAGCCACCGGCAUAAAAGGGCUGUUUCACAGAAACCCAAAGCAGGCUUCCCUCGACAGCCAUGCUGCUGUGCAGCACAGCCGUAAGCACCCGUUUGGUGCCCAUCUCCUGCGCCGCACCGCUAGUGCACCCACCAAAGGCCAGCCCAAAAUCAAGAAGGGCUUCCCAGAGAUCGCCAACGACACCAAGGACUACAGCUCAGAGGGUGCCAGUGAAGAACGAGAGACUGAGGACAGGGACAAGGUCUCCGCUGCUGCCUCUCACCAGUCCACCCCUCCACAAAACCUUAACAGGGAAUCCCUGGCAUCCCACCAAGCCAAGGGCCCCUGGGAACGUCCUGACACCAAUGGGGCUAUUCACCCUGAGGAGGGUAAAGAGUUUUCCAUGGUGCGGAAGCCAGCUCCACUUCCACUGAACGCUGAAGCCACCAGAUACCCUUGUGUCAGCCGUUCUGUCUCCACUCCAGAAGGCAGCCUGUUUUCAUCUAACUCCUCAUCACCACUGCAGUCUCCAUGCACAGCAAUAAAUGCAGACUCCCCAUUUGCAGUGGCUUCUAAUGGUGUGACACACAGUCCGAUCAAGGUUAGCGGAGAUCCAAGGAACCUGUUGGCCCUUUCCAGAACUGCUUCUCUCCCUACGACAAACCCUGCUGACAAAACUGCACCAGCACAGUGUGGGCGAGACCUCCCGACUAACCAAAGUACUGAGCCAUUCAUGGAGCACACACCAAACCAGAGAAACAAAGAUACUCUAACCGCAGUAAAGUCUGACCGCAGACUGGAACCUCCUUCUGCAACCGUGACGGCGCAGGUCAGGAGAGCUUUGUUUAACAAUCAGGCAUCAUAUGUACCAAUAAGGAGAGCAAAAAGUGAGGGCCGUGUUCAGGGGGCUGUAGCCUCCACUGGGCAGGACCAGUCAGCCGUGCCAGAGGUCUGCACCGACGCCACCAUGAACGACCGCCUUUGGUGCAAGCUGGAGCCAGGCAGCCAUCGAGACAGCAUGUCUUCCUCCUCCAGCAUCUCUUCCAGUGACACAGUCAUCGACCUGUCUCUACCGAAUCUGGCCAGGAAGAGCUUCACCAGCCUGCCCACAUCUGGCAGCUUGUGCGAUCCUCACUGGGCCACGUGCCGUCGCUCUGCGCUGCUCUCCUACAAUGCCCUCCGCGUCAGCAAAAGCAAGUCAAACCCCAAUCUCCAGCAAGGCAAUUGCCCCAAGGAUGAGCUUAAGCCCCGCCCUCUGCAGCCUCCCCAAGAAGUUUUCAUGGACUCACCCAGCAGACUGUCUCAAAGGAGGGACACCUGGAGUCGUCUCUACAUGGAGGGGCUCAAGCAGCAGCAGUCGUCGUCCAGCAGGGUGUCAUCCACGCCCACCCUCCCGACAUCUACCGCCUCCAUGUCCAAAAGCCUUGGGGAUCUCACCUCCGAUGACAUUUCCUGUAACUUUGACAGCAAGUAUCACAGCAUCAGCCGCAGCUUCAUUGUGAGGCCAGCCAGGGACCAGCUCGGCAAGGGCGGCUUGCACAAGCCCUGGGCACCAGGAGACCUCACAGAGCAACUACGGAAGCUGACUGAUGUAGAACCACUGACCCCAAGCGACUUUGACCAGGAAAACCGGGUUGGGGAGUUUCAGGAAGAGUUUGUGGAUGAGAACCUGGUCCGGAGGACCUCGUCGAGGAGUCAAAGUAGGGUGCGCUACAUAGCAAAUAGAGCCAAGAAGGCCCAGGAGAGGCAGAAGAUCCAGGGCCUGGUCCAGGGCAGAAGCGCAAGCUUUAGCGUCGCUGGUAGCAUUGCCAGCCCCAUUGAGGAGCGGGGGAACCCUGAAGGUGCCUGCUGCGUGGCCCAGAGUCCCUGCUCCAGCCUGGACCUGCUGAGUCAGCUAACCCCAAUUGGAACCCUGUCCCAGAGACCGUCCCAGUGCCCCCCAGACCCAGAAAACAGUGAAGUCUUUUUCAUGUUCAAACGAAACUUCAAAAGAAUUGUCUGACUUGGAACAGAGUGUGAGAGACACAGCUAGAAACUUAUAGAAUACGCUCCAGUUUUUUCUCAGCUACAAAUAUUUUUUAAGUGGCAUAUAUUGCAGAAUUCCUCAGAUUAUUUUCCCUUAUGCAAAAAAUUGUGCUUCAGUGAUAAAUUAUUCACAGUCAAGCAUUUCAAUAGUUUGAGGGUGUGCAAAAUCCAUUUUUGAACAUUAACUGAAGCACAGUCAUCGUCUACUAGAAGCAACUCCUGCAGCUCUGCCAUCCUUUUGCACCAAACGUAUUUAGUAAAAGAUGCCAGAGCUUUUAUAUAUGUGUAUGUUGACUGUUCACUACUCUACUUCUACAUUUUUUUAAUGUGAGCAUACAGUAGCAAUGGGCCUACUUGAACUGAAAUGGUUAAGGCGUUGUUGUUAGCCCAUCCAUUCACUGGCAAUAUUAAGAAAAAACUGGCAUGGUACCAUGAAGUUUGACAGUUUCAUGAUGGACGCUGCUGCUCUUAUAAUGACUUGCCUAAAAAAAAGGAAUUAUUAUUAAUACUACAGUGGAGGAUAAGAUUUCUUAAUUGUUAGUACACUUUGUGUAGUGGUUAGUCAUUUGACCAAACUGCCAAUAUUCUGCUCGGCUACCCAGUUAGUGGCAUGUCAAAGCACUGAGAUCAUGUACUUGAAAGCAGUGGUAGACUUCUCCAUAUCAAGUUUAGCCCUUUUUAGUUGCCGCAUGUUUUUAAUGCACAGUAAUGUUUAUCCUAAAGGCUGUGCUUUUAUUUCCUUUUACAAAGACCUUUUUUUAAAUGAAGAUUUGUUGAUUUCUGGGAUCGCCAGACGGCGGCAGCGCCUCCCAGCGGCUGCUCUCCUGUUGGUCCGUGGUACUAAUACAAGAUGACAAUGAUCUGUAUCGAAGCACGUUUAUCUGUCCACCUGCUGUAUCGUUUGCACUGCCGUGCCAGUUGUUUGUGCAACGUUUUAGGGACAAUGUGUAAUUAUGACAUGAAUAAAUCUCAAAUGUGUAUUA